AUUAACUAGUUGAUUUAAUAUAAACCACCUCCCGGGUGCGUCGCCGCUAUGUAAUUAUUACGAUAUACGUUGAUUUUUUAAUACAACGAAGGUUACAGAUACGGUAGCUUUGCAGUGUUGCUUGGAGGAAUUUCACCGUGGAACAUUGAAUUAUUUGCCAAUCAUUGCGUUAAAAGGGCCCCUUUAAAAUGUCUGGACGGAAAAAGGGCCCUGGCUUGAAGAUCACGCCUCCAGAGGCGCCUAUAAAUGUGACCCCACCGCGGAACCUGGACAAACAAACAACUAUUACAGUGGAUGACAAAACAUUCACAGUCCACGCAGAUGACCUUGUAAAGAUAUGUGACCUUGGACGUGGAGCUUAUGGUAUUGUGGAGAAAAUGCACCAUAGACCAAGUAACACUACCAUGGCUGUUAAGAGAAUUACAGCAUCAUUCAGCACACAAUCACAGGAACUGAAGCGUCUCUUAAUGGACCUUGAUGUCUCCAUGAGAGCUAGUGCAUGUCCAUACACAGUUCAUUUCUAUGGAGCUAUGUUCCGUGAAGGAGAUGUCUGGAUCUGCAUGGAGGUCAUGGACAUGAGCCUGGACAAAUUUUACGCAAAGAUCUAUAAGAACAAUCGUACCAUACCUGAAAAUAUUCUGGGAAAAAUUGUGUUCUCUGUUGUUAGUGCCUUGCAUUACCUAUACUCCCAGCUUAGGGUCAUCCAUAGAGAUGUGAAACCAUCAAAUAUACUCAUUAACAGAAAAGGAGAAGUCAAAAUGUGUGACUUUGGCAUCUCUGGGUACUUGGUUGACUCUGUAGCAAAAACAAUAGAUGCUGGUUGUAAACCGUACAUGGCUCCAGAAAGGAUUGAUCCAAGUGGCAAUCCCGGCCAAUAUGAUAUCCGGAGUGAUGUUUGGUCUUUGGGUAUUUCUAUGAUUGAACUGGCCACUGGAAAAUUCCCCUAUAACAGUUGGGGAACGCCAUUUGAGCAACUGAAGCAAGUUGUUAAAGAUGACCCGCCACGACUGCCUAGUGGCCAGUUUUCUGAAGAAUUCGAAGAUAUAAUUACAAAAUGCUUAAUGAAGAACUAUAAGGAGAGGCCGAAUUACGAUGCUUUAUUAGCACAUCCCUUCUGUCAGGAGCAUAGUCUAAAAGAUACAGACGUGGCUUCCUUUGUACAAGAAAUAUUAGACUUACCCGAUGACUCCUAGUGGUAGGAAGAUCUUCGUUAUACGUACCAUUAAGUACAAGUGUUUAGUUACUAACAUUAUGUAGAUUGUUAUGGAGACCGCAAUUAAUAUUGUUAUUAACAAAUUAUUUAUAUAUAACUAAUUAGGGGGUGAGCUAUAGUGUGUGCUGUGUUUUUCUGUAUUUUAUUUGUUGGACAAAGAAAUGUUCAUUGUAUAAACAGGGACCGGAAUAAGCAGCAUAUAUUUAUCUAAACUUUUAAGUAGGUAGUUUAAGGUUUUUUAUAAAGUGACCAUGAUAUCACUACGACCGUGUCUGCAAUUCCAGAGAAAAUAUAUGAAAAUCACGAUUGCUGUAAUCAUAAAGCUGUAUUAGCUUUCAUUGAUGCAAAUAAAGUGCAGAAAAUCGUGAAAGAAAAUGGAGAGCUUUGUUUUUAUUGUGUAAUUAUGUAAUCAAAGUUAACGUAGUUGAGACAGCUGAACUCAGAACUGC